CAGAAUUCCCCACCGCGCCGCUUCUUGGGCCUAGGCGGACCGCGAACUGCCGCCCGGGCUCCCGAGUCGUAUUAAAAGCGGGCGGGCGCAACCGGUUCUCACUCGGCAGUCGACUGACGAUAGAGCAGGUUGUUCGCGCAGCUUCGUCCCUCUGCAACGAUGCGCUGUUUCGUGCUGGUGGGCGCUCUGCUGGCCGUGGCACACGCCGCCACGGUGACGAAAAGCUCCUCUGCUGGAGGCACGUCUGUGGACGGCUCGUCCGUGCAUAGGACGGAGGAGGUGCACAGCGUCGUGCCCGAUACCUCGCUCGGUGAACGCUUCGGCUCGCGUCGCACCUCCACCAAGGCCUCGCGGCCACGCCCCACCUCCGGAGCCAUCGCGCCUGCAUCUGUGGCGAGCCCCAGCUCCACAGCCGCCCGACCGACAUCUUCGCUGCGCCCCAGCUCCGGAGUCGCACGGCCGCUGUUGAGCCCCGUAUCAGUGCCGCACGUGCCAGCCAUGCCUCCCAUCAACCUGCACGUGCCCGUUUUGUCCGGCACGCUCGGAACCCGCUUCAACAGCCGCGGCGCGGCGGCGAAGCCGGCCCCCGGCUCGCUCGCCGCAGCGCAGUCGAAGCUGAACCAGAUUGCCGGCCAGCUGGCCGCCGUCCAGCAAGCGCUUGGCGUUUAAGCUGGCGACGCUACGCCGCGCGCCGUGGUGCCGGCGCCGUCACAGCUGGGCAGCGGCGAACGAAGAGGCCUGGAGCGUGCUGCCGUCCGGGGGUCGCAGGGUACGGCGUGCGGGGACAGGCCGCGGCUGCCACAGCAGAGCCAAGCGCGCGCCGUGGAUGCGGUGUGCUCCCUGCACACUACCAUGUCGGGGAGUGUGCAACGGAUUGCUUGGUGUCGAACGAGCGCCAAAGUUUGAUCUACAGGGCGGCACGGCUGCUAUUGCCGUGGAUUGUGCAAUUUGAUGGAUCAAUGACAAUGACGAUGCCGGGAUGUGAUAUGAAACACAAUAAAUUAGGCCACAAAGAGGCAUUUUAA